CCUUUGCUUUGAUAGUGUGUAUGUUUCUUUCCUUAAGAAUAUAUGUCAAAAUAUAAAAUCUACCAUUUUUUUUUGCAGUAUUUAUCUGCACAACACCCUACAACUUGAAAAAGGGUCAUUAAAAUAUUUUUCUGGGUGUAAAAUUGAUUCAGUUUUAAUAAAUGUGAGAAUUAGAUCUGUCCAAAUCUUUUGCAUUUAGUUUGUGUCCUAACUCCUAACUGUCUGAUGUAAUUUUUGUCCUAACUCUUAACUGUCCCAUGUGUGCAAUUUCAGGCCGCAAUUAUUCCAGAUGCGUCAAACAUUGUUAGUGGUUCUGGGGAUGGAUAUACCUAAGUUAGGAAAGUUUUGUUCUUACUAAUAAAUUAUAAAGAGAUAUUAAAUUUUGAUGUCUAUGUUAUUUCCCCUGAACUUUCAAAAUUCAGGUUGACAAUCCUACUAAGUUAGGAUGGGACUCGCAUGGUGUUACAGCAGUUAACUCGUAAUUUGGAAACCUGAUAUUGUUCUAGUUCUCUUUUUUAAGAUUAGUUUUUAACACUACUUAGUUUUUAAGAUUAGUUUUUAACACUACUUAUGCAACUUGUGGUAAUUCAUCAGUUCACAUAUAGAAUAAAACAGUUACUCAUCAAGACAACCUACUUUGGUAGGAUAUUUAGGAGUACCAGGAAAAAAGAGAUUGAGAAAAUAUUUGAAUUUGCAAUCAAUGGCUCGGAUGAAGAAAAGAUAUCUGCUGCUACCAUUCUUUGUGGGGCAUCUUUAGUACGUGGUUGGAACGUUCAGGAACAUAUUGUUUUUUUCAUAGUAAAGAUGCUUUCACCUCCNGUUCCUCCUAAAUAUUCUGGGACUGAAAGCUAUUUGAUCAACCAUGCUCCUUUGUUGAACGUCCUUCUGAUUGGAAUUUCAUCCGUAGACAGUGUUCAGAUAUUCUCCCUACACGGUGUGGUUCCGUUACUUGCUGCUGUGUUGAUGCCAAUAUGCGAAGCUUUUGGAUCAUCUGUUCCCAAUGUCUCAUGGACUGCUGUUACUGGUGAAAAACUCACUUGUCAUGCAGUGUUCUCUAAUGCAUUUAUUCUCCUGCUGAGACUAUGGCGGUUUAAUCAUCCACCUGUUGAGCAUGUGAUGGGUGGUGCAACAACUCCAGCAUUAGGAUCACAGUUAGGUCCUGAGUACCUUUUGUUAGUUCGAAAUUGUAUGUUAGCAUCCUUUGGGAAAUCACCAAGAGAUCGAGUAAGUUGUAGAAGAUUUUCAAAAAUGAUAACUUUUUCUUUAGAACCUUUAUUUAUGGAAUCCUUUCCAAAAUUAAACAUUUGGUAUCGGCAACAUCGAGAAUGUAUUGCAUCCACCUGCUCUACUCUUGCGCCUGGAGGGCCAGUUUCUCAGAUUGUUGAAGCGCUACUAAGCAUGAUAUGCAAGAAAAUAAAUCGAAGUGCUCAGUCAUUGACGCCUACAACUUCAGGAAGCAGUAAUUCAUCUUGCUCUUCACUGGAUGAUGCUCUGAUGAAACUCAAAGUGCCUGCAUGGGACAUCCUUGAAGCAACUCCAUUUGUUCUUUAUGCUGCUCUUACUGCUUGUGCACAUGGAAGACUCUCUCCCCGUGAAUUGGCUACAGGCAUUGUGUUCGGCAAAGCAAGCUUUGUCGCUCAAUAACUCUUCUUCUUCUUC